GGCAGUUAUGAACGGUGAAGUCGAUGAUGGUGAACCAGUUUGUCUCCACUCCCCUGGCGUCGACCCCGACCGGAGCGGAGCGCGCGCGGGCGCACAGACACCGGACACGACCGAGCACGGAGCGACGCAGUAGCGCAGCGCCGCACGGCCACGCGCCCACGCCCCAAUCCUGCCGGGCCGCGUCGCCGACUCGCGCCGCCUGUUGCCAUUCGCCUCUGCAGAUCCGGCACCGCGCGCGGCUCCUCGCCGAGUUGUUCCCGGCGGCGCAUCAGAAGGCUGUCUCCUGGGAUCAGUUACUCGCGUGGCUCGCACGACACUCGGGGAGGGACUCUGACCUGGUACCAAACAGCAUCUGCAUCUUCUCCGCCCCCAGGCUUUGGAUCUGGCCUUCGUCUCAGUUCGGCGAGCUGCCAAGGACAGCUUUGAUUUGGUGCCCAAAGUGAUGUAGUGUGAGAGGCAGAGGCUGACUUCUUGAGAGCGCGAUGAGCAGCCAGGGAGGAUUCGGUACGGGGAGCCCCAAGUCCUUCCGCUACCCCAGAGGCGGCGGCGACUUCGAUCUCGAGUCCGGGUCCCCCCGCAAGGGACGCAAGCCCAAGAACCCUCACCUGGAGACCUCGAUCGUCAUGAGGAUCCGCUACUUCUACGAGGCGCACCCCGUGGCCGUGGCCCUCCUCCUCCUCUCCUUCGGCCUCAGCGUCCUCAUCCUCCUCUCCGUGUAUGAGACCCGGUUCAGGACGAUGAGGAGCGGCGGCGCGUGGUCCAGUGACGGCGGGGAGUACCCAUUUCCGAAGCUCCGGAACCUCGUCAUGGUGGCUGGGCAUUCCAUCUACACGAGCUCGAGAUGCGGGGAGACUGAGAGUGAGAAUUCCUGGUUCUUGGAGCCGUACCAGAAGCACCCUGGACAGGCGGCCACCUUCCUGGCUCACAUCAAGGAGGGGGUGGGGAUCGUGGCCAGGGAUGAGGGGGCGCUUCUGUUGUUCAGCGGCGGGGAGACGAGGAGAGAUGCUGGCCCGAGGAGCGAGGCACAGAGCUAUUGGGCUAUUGCCGAGUCCAAAGGAUGGUUUGGAAAUGAUGAGAGUGUAAGGAGCCGAGCACUCACUGAGGAGCAUGCACGAGAUAGUUUUGAAAACCUCCUAUUUAGUGUGUGCCGUUUCAGAGAGCUCACUGGAAGAUACCCACAAAACAUAACUGUUGUUAGUUAUGAUUUCAAGGAGGAACGGUUUGCACAAUUGCACAGAACCGCACUCGGAUUCCCAGAAGGAAGAUUCUUCUUCACAGGUACACCAGCUACUCCUUCUGCAAGGGAGGCUGCUCUGAAAGGCGAAGCAGCUGUCCGUUCUCAGUUCCUGGAAGAUCCAUAUGGAUGUCUAGGAUCUCUUCAUGUAAAGAGGCUGAAGAGGGACCCGUUCCACCGUACCAUUCCAUACCCUGAUGGCUGCCCAGAGCUGAAGGGUUUGUUUUCCUAUUGUGGCCCGGUGCCUUACUCCGGGCACCUCCCCUGGACUGAGUAGCUAGUGUAAUGUACAUCAAUCUUUGAUCGAGCUCCCCACUGUCACUGCACGAUUCCAGCACCCUUUGCACUGACCUUGUUCUGAAUUGAUGGAAACAUAUUCAACCUUGCCUUCUUCAUUAGGGAGAGGAUUGCUUUUGCAAUACAAGUAAAUGUUACACUAUCAAUAUAUAUACUUUUAAUCUUUUUGUUUCUCCUC